AUGUACCUCACCACCCUCACCCUCAUCCUCGCCUGCCUUACGCUCCCCAUCCUCUCCCACCCAACAACCAAACCCCUAGCCUGGGUCAACCUCCUCCCUCUCCUCCCCCGCGACUCCACCUCCACCACAACAUCCUCCUCACACCCCCUCUGCACCCCACCCCCCGGCUUCACCCUCGGCUACCAACACUGCACCUUCGCCUCCGCGAUCCUGACCCCGUCCCUGAACCCGCUCUCCAACACCAGCGUGCUGGCAGACUGCUGGGUCUUUGAUGCGGUGUGUGAUUUAGUUGGGCAGGGGCUCAAUGUGCAGGUUGAGGGGUUGGUAGGGGGGUGUUUAUGGGUUGGGAGUGAGUUGGAGAGUGCUGUUACGGUUAAUUUUGGGGAUGGCAGGGUGGGCACCGGGAGUCCGGUUGUGGGGUAUGGGGGGAAGAUGUGGGACGGAGGGGUGGGGGAUUGUUGGUGGGAUGAAUGGUUCAAUCUGGAAUGCAGAGUUUGAGUCCUGGCCGGAGAAAGUCGUUUUUACUGAGCUGUCUCACUGA